AUGUCGCCCUCCUCAUGUCGCCCUCCUCAUGUCGCCCUCCUCAUGUCGCCCUCCUCAUGUCGCCCUGCUCCCCACCCCUUCACUCCCCCAUGCCGUCCAGCAGGGGCGGGCGGAGAGGGGUAUGGGGAGGAGGCGGUGGGGGAGGAGGUGGAGGUGUGGGGGGACGAGAUGGGCGUGCGGCGCAUGGCACUUGAGCGCAUCCACUGGCACAGCCAGGUCACCGGCGCUGAUGCCGCCUCCAAGCGCGUGCACGAGUUCAUCAUGGUGGGCGAUCUGGAGGCGGCUGUCACGCUGCUGCUCGCCACGCCCUUCGACUCGCCCGCCUUCCACCGCGACGCCCUGCGCGCCGUGGCGCUCGCCACUGCUGUCUCGCCCUCCAUGCACCACCUGGCUGCCAAGGUGGUGGCGACGAACAUGGUGCUGGCGGGGGAGCCGCUCACAGCCGUGCAUCUGCUCUGCUCCAUCGCCCAGUAUGCUGACGCCUGCACGCAGCUGCAAGCCAUCGGUCGGUGGGUGGAUGCAUCAACGCUCGCAGCUUGCCACCUGUCAGGCGCUGAUAGGGCCAAGGUGCUGCAUCGAUGGGCGCAGCACACCCUCAAGAACGAGCAUGACCUGUGGCGUGCGGUAACGCUGUUUGUGGCGGCGGGCAGUCUAACAGCAGCGCUGAGGGCGCUGAGGGAGGCACACCAGCCCGACACGGCCAUGAUGCUGCUCCUCGCCUGCCACCAUGCCCACGCCCGCCUCGCUGCGCCCCCACGCCACCUCGCUGCCACCACCACUGCGGCCGUGGCCAUCGGACGGCACCUGCCGGCCGUGUCUGCUGAAGAGGGGGGUAUGGGCGGGAAGCAUGGUCAGGCCUUGUCCACUCCACGGCCCCUCAUGCUGGUCCCAUCGGCAGUUCGCAAUACUGCAUAA